AUGGCUUCCUUGCUGCAGAUGCUGGGAGACUUUCCCCGGCGCCUCGCGGAGUUCCUUGACCGACCAGGUUUUCCUUGGAAGAAGCUGAUAUUAGGUUUCUCUAUCGGUCAAUUUGCGCUCGAGGGACUGCUUUCUCUGCGGCAAUAUAGGGUACUGCAACAGACCAAACCCCCCAAAGCGCUUCAGGAAGAGAUCUCGCAGGAAACGUACGACAAGUCUCAGGCAUACGGUCGCGCCAAAUCCAAGUUCGGCUUGAUCUCCGGCCUCUACUCGCAGAUUCAGAACUUCCUCUUCAUUCAAUACGAUGUCCUUCCCAAGAUAUGGUCUCUCACUGGCUUCUGGCUCGCACGGUACCUUCCCGCACGCUUCUCUGGGGAGAUCUCACACUCGGUACUCUUUUUCCUAACCUUCAAUGUUAUCUCGCAAAUUCUGGCGCUCCCGCCAUCAUACUACAGUACUUUUGUCCUGGAGGAGAAGUUCGGAUUCAACAAGCAGACGGUCAAGCUGUGGAUUUCAGACAUGUUGAAGAGCCAGGCGUUGAUGGUCGUGCUGGGAACCCCGCUACUGAGCGCAUUCUUGAAGAUCAUUCAGGUCACUGGAACUCAGUUCUUCUACUACCUGUGGCUGUUCAGCAUUGUGGUGCAGGUCUUCGCCAUUACCAUCUACCCGAUCUUCAUCCUGCCGCUAUUCAACAAGCUUUCGCCUCUAGAGCCUGGUGAACUGAAGUCUGGCGUUGAGGCACUGGCGCAGCGUCUCCAAUUCCCGCUGGAUUCCCUGUACGUCAUUGAUGGAAGCAAGCGCUCCGCUCACAGCAACGCCUAUUUCUUCGGUCUGCCCUGGAAGAAGCACAUCGUCAUCUACGACACACUGAUUGCGAAGUCUGAGCCGGAGGAAGUUAUUGCAGUGCUGGGCCAUGAGCUUGGCCAUUGGUCUUUGUCCCACACCACGAAAUUGCUCGGCAUCGCUCAGGCUCACAUGCUCUACAUCUUCGCCCUAUUCUCAGUCUUCAUCAACAACGCUUCUCUGUACAAUGCCUUUGGUUUCCACACGCAGCGGCCCAUCAUCAUCGGCUUCAUCCUAUUCUCCGACGCUCUUGCGCCAAUGGAUGCCGUUGUCAAACUGCUCAUGAACAUCCUCUCCCGCAAAUUCGAAUUCGAGGCUGACAAAUUUGCGCUCGACCUGGGGUACAAAAAGGAAUUGGCGCGGAGUCUGAUCAAGCUGCAGGUGCAGAACCUGAGCACCAUGGACGCGGACUGGAUGUACGCGAGCUAUCACUAUAGCCACCCGAUUCUGGCGGAGCGGUUGAAGGGACUCGGGUGGGUGAGCGAGAGCAAGGUCGCGGAGGAGGAGCCUGAGGUGUUGACCGCGAAGGACCGCGAGCUGUAG